UAUUUGGAUUCGUUUCCCCAAAAAAAAUUUUGCGAACGGUCUCGGAUAAAUUUGUGUCGAAAAGAAUUUUAUGUCGGUUAAUCAUAUUGAAAUUUCGAAUUUUUUUUAGUGAAUGGAAAUACUGUACCGUUGCACACAAUAUCAGUUCAAUUUUCAAUGGGGUGCGGUAUUUUUGUUUAAGUUAAACAGAGGGAUGUUAAACUGUAGCGCAAAAUUGACAAUUUUUUUUUUUGAGUUGCGAGUAUAACGAAUAAUAAAUAAAUUUUUGCCAUUUCAUUUUAAGAAAAUAGUUUUGUUCGUCAGCUUACGUUGAAAUCAUACAUACACAGAAUUAUAAGCGUGAACGUUACGUACAGCAAAAGAAAUCAUAUUUAUUUUCGCAUAUAUCCCUGAGGAAUACAGUGUGUGUUGUGCAAUAAUUUUGGCAAAAAAAAAUCAAAUAAAAAAAAAGAAAAUUCAACGUGUGCGUUGUGCUAAUUCUACUCUGUCUGUGGUCAUGAAAUAUUCAUAGUUUUUUUUUUCAUAUCUUCUGUUAAGAACGUGUAAUACAAAAAAUGUUGAUCGCCAAAUUUUAAUAAAAAAAUAUUUCAAAUUAAAAAAAAAAAGGAAAACAAACAUCAUAAAUAAAAGCCGACCUACCGUGUAUGUAUAUAGGCACCAUAGGCACACACAGAGACAGAUAUGAAAACAAAGAUUUGAUUCUUUUUUUAAGUUUUUUUUUUACUUUUUUCCUGAAAGUCAUUUUAAUGUGUGUUAGAUCUUCAAUCGUAUAAAAAUAUCUUAUUCUCUGCGAAAAACGCUGGUGCUCUGUUCGUUGAUGUCGUGUGUAUUAUUUUCGGUGUUUCUAUAAAAAUAAAACUAAAGUGAAAUUUAUAUUAAUACGAAAAUGUGUGUUGAGGUUAUGCUCGACUAUAUACACAAAUCCUCUUCCAACGAAAACAUAAAAAAAUUUUAAGGUCAAAUACAUUCAAUGUUUUUCAUGAAUGAAAUCGGAAAAUUGGUUUGUGAUGUGUCGGUUUAUUUCGGUAAAAGUUUUGUUUUUAUUUUAUUGUUGAGGCCAAAAUCGAAUUCAUCUGUUUGGAAUUAGAAUAAAUCAACAAUUUCAGCUAAAGUGGAUUUUAUAAAUAAAUAUAAAAUAUUUGAGCAUCGCAUUAUUCGGUAGCUGCUGGUCAUCGCAUUGUUUUUCAUCGCUAGCCGGAGAUGUCCAGAGCACAGUUCACUGGAUCUGAGCAAUAAUCAAUGGAAGAGGACGAAUUGCAGUUGUGUGUUAAGUCAUCGAUAGUAACAUACACUCAUAUACAAUAAAAACUAAUAGAAAACUGAAACAAAUUCGCGAAAAAAAAAAUUGGAUUUUUUGACUUUAAUGUUUUCAUGUUUGGAAAAUUUUAAAUGGAAAUUGAAUCACAACAGUCGACGGUUGUUAUUUUCAUUUUUUAUUAAAUAAAAUUUUGCUGCAUAUAUAUUUGCAUUAAAAAAAAAGAAAUUAAGCGAACCAUAUAGUAUUAUAUAUAAGUGCAGUUGACUUGAUAUAAUACCUACAGAGUAAAACGUAGCUGAUAUUCUAUUAGCAUAGCGAAAAAUAAAAAUGUUUGUUUUUUUCUUCAUUUAAAUAAAAUCCAACGUUUAAAAUCGUUUAUGCCGCGCCAUGAGUACUAUAACAUAAAACAAAUUUGAAUAUAAAAAAUAUCACUCAUGCAGGACCCAAGUGUUCGCAACAUACAAAACCGAAACCAGACAGAAUUAGUGUGUUUUACUAUGAAUAUGACCUUAAUGUUUAUAAAUAAGUUUUAAUGAGGCGAGUAACACGAAUAAUGUUAGAUAGUGUCGUACAUUUUAUAUGAUUCAAAAUGUGCCGGAGAUAUUUAAUAUGAAGUGUAACAUAAAAAAUAUGGAAUUUCAAGACUCUUUAACAGCCUAAAAAUAUAAGUUUUUCAUUAAUUUUUUUUUGUAAGCGUAGAGAAAACGUAAAGUCGACAGUGAGAGGAGAAAAAAAUCAAUGUGAAAAUUGAGAGAAAAUGUUUUAUAAGAAAAAUAAAAUUUAUUUUGUCAAAGUGCAAGUAAAAAAAGAGAGAACACUCGAAUGAUCACUUGCCCAAAGAUGAAGGCCACAUUUUGGGUUACUUUAAUAUUUUUUGGAACAUUUAUUGUAGCAGUUGCACCGAGCACAGCAAAAACAACAUUGGCUUCAUAUCGAAGUAAAAGAAAUCCACCAGAAGAAGGUCCUACCGAUCCACCAAAAUACUGUGAUAGAUUUGUUAAGCCAAUAGAAGAAAAUAAAACGUUUUUUAGUCCAUUGGAGCCCUUAACCGGUAAAACUACGUAUCCACCGCACGCUGAUUGUGUAUUUCAACUAGAAGCACCACCUGGUUACAUUAUCAAAUUAGAUUUCCGUAAUAAAUUCAACAUAGAACCAUCAAACGGUUGUGAAUACGAUUAUUUAGAGAUAAGAGACGGAAAACAUGGUUACUCGAAAGAAUUAGGAAAAUUUUGUGGUACAGACUUUCCGCCUAUUAUAUUUUCCAGCCAGAGAUAUUUGUGGUUGAGUUUUCAUUCCGAUGAAAAUAUUGAGUAUGAUGGUUUCCAAGCGGUUUACGAGUAUAUGGAACAGUCAACCGCCUCUUAUUCACAGGAAAUUGAGUGUCAAUUCAAGAAAGCUGGCAAUGAAGGAUAUGUGAACCGAACCGAAAUUAGCGACGAAAUCGUCGAUAUGGUUGUUCAACAUUCAUUGAAUUUGGAUUGCUUAUGGGUGAUUGAAGUCCAACCUGAAUGGAGGAUUCUUCUGUCAUUUCUCACGUUCGAAUUGGAUAGAAAGAACGAUUGCGAGAGCAAUUUCAUUGAUGUCUUUGGUGAAAUCACAGAUAUACCAUCGAGAUUGAAAAACUUUUGCGGUGUUAUUGCUGAGACAGUUGUAUCAAAGAAGAAUAAAUUGCAUGUUCGUUUUUUUGCUGAAAAACAUGCGGUCAAUUCGAAAUUCACCAUUCUAUAUACAGCAUAUCGGACGAAAGACAAGGAUAAAAAAUGCGUCGAAGGCGAAUACGAUUGCGAUGAUGAUACAUGCAUUACAGAAGGUUUACAAUGUAAUGGAAGACCAAAUUGUAAAUUUUUGAAGGAUGAGUCAGAAGCAGAGUGUAAGAACGAGAAAGGUGGCAAAGAAGAUCAUCUAGUCAUAAUAAUCAUAGUUUUUAGCUUAAUUCUUGGUGCAAUGACAACUGCAUUUUUGGUUAAUUGUAUCCGAAAGCUUAUCCGAGAUCAGAAAAUCAUUCGCGAACACAUCAGACAAUCGAAGGAGAGCAAGUUAGAUGAGGCUGGACGAAUGUCGCUGAAACGGUCAUUAGAAAACAUAAACAGAAUAGCACCAAGCAGAAAACAAACCUCACAACAAUCGCAACAGCGAUCAAUACAUAUACUUGACGAUGAAUCAAAUAGAUAUUAUCAGGACGCUGUCCCCGUUCCAGUAACAUCUGGCAGUAGGGUGGACUUGAGAAGUGAAAAUAACUACAGAAGUCAAGAGAAAUUUCAGAUAAAAGACAUAUUGGAUGCAUCCCUACGAAGUGAGAAGGGUAGUCAAGAUGCUGGUAUGUGCGACAUGGCUUGUCAAACAAGAGAAUCACUAUUCGCUCCUGUAUUCAAAAAUAAAAUCACACAAGCGCCUAACAAUCAACCACCCGGAACAAUUAGAUUUUCGACAUUCGGCUAUGAUACACCGCCCGGUGAAAAGAAUUUACACCGCCAAAGCAUUCAUAAGGACAAGUGUCGCAUGCAACCGAAUACCAUUGAAAUGGAAGAUUUUGGCCAUUUGACCGAUAUUCCACCGCCGCCACCGAAAGUCUGCCAAAAACAUGACCCCAAGAAGAGUAUCAAAAUGGAAGAGUCACGCAUCUAUGUUGAUAUACGGAAUUCAGCACCGGAUGUUAUCAUCAUGACGUCGCAUUGACAAUUAAGGAUUUUUUAUUUUCUGAUGUUUUCGCUUGUAUAAAGAAGAUUGAGAAGACAGUGAAUAUUUCACAAUAAGAUUUAUGUUUCGUGUUCAAAAUUGGAUGGGUGAUAAAUUUUGUGUUGGAAAGAUGUUAGGAUUUGGGACCACCAGAAGUGAUUUUUAGGCAAAUGGUGCUGUUGCAUCAAAGGUAUUUUUUUUUAUAAUAACAGCACCAAGUGAAAAGCGAUGGAACAAACCAAGCAUUUGAACAUAAGCAACAUUUCCGAACAUUUUUUAUUCUUAUCCCUAUAUGAAGGGUUAGUGGGCUCGUAAGCAACAACUUUGUCUUUACGACCUAUCAGAAAAUUGUGAUGCAUAACAAAAUCGGAAAAGGUUAAGCGCCACCUGACCUUACUCAACACUUCAAAACUCGCAUCAGAAAAAGGUAAGUUCAAUAAUUGAACGCAUUUUCCUUCUAACAAGACGAUAAUGUCGAUAUCGGUAAAUACCUUCUGAGUUCAACCACAAAGAAACACUUCAACCACUAAGUAAAUAAGCUUCUUGCCAUUGCUAUUGUCAGUGGUAUUGUUAGUGCCAUUGUCAAAUGUUAUUGUAUCAACAUUAUGGCUCAAAUCGAAAAUUCCAUCUGAAUAAAUUGCAGAAUCAAUUUUUCACUUUGACUUCAAGAUGAAUAAAACAAUUUACGAUGGUUGUUUGGUGUGUAUAUGCGACAACAAGCGCCAAAAAUAUAAACUGAAUAAUAAAAAGCUCCCGAGGCUUAUUGCACUCCCAUCAGUGUGAUGUGCGUGUAUGCAAAAUAAAUAAUAUUUAUGGAGUACUUAAUUUCAUUAUUAUGGCCCCGCAGCACCUUUUUUUAAAAGUAUUCAAUUUAUUACAAUGACUUUAUAGACUUGUUUAUGAAGUCAUUGAUUAAAUGAACGUGAAACCGAUACUUUCCACAAAGUAUCUAUCAAAGGACAGCUGUAAAAAAAACGAUUUUUUUUUCAAUUUUUUAAGUUAUUUAAAUGCUCUGCUUAAUCAGUUAUGGUUUGAUUUGUUCUAUCGAUUUUUUUAUCAUCGUGUCUUGGAUAGUGUGCAGAACUUUCAUCAUAAAACAAAUAUACGUUGUCCUCGUUAUAAGCCACAUUGGGUUUCUUUUUAAUCAGUUUUGUUAGACACAUAAAUGGGCUGCUCAUAAAUGACGUCUGCUUCUUUGGCAUUCUCUCAUCUUAUCUAGACGAACGAAAAGUAACUAAUUUAUCUGCAAAGAAGUCUACUUUUCCUAGCACUCCAAAAUUGUCUGUGGUGUGCGAUUGGAGAUGUAGUGUGAAGCAUUAUGCUGCAAUUACACCAAACUAUUACGGUAUGCGACCAUUCAUUUUUUCUUCAACAAUACACUCUCAUCGUAUGUAUAGUAAUAAUAGGAUAGGAUAGGAUAGGAUAGAACGCAUAAGUAAAGCAAUCUAUCCUUUGCACCUGAGCCCCGAUGGGACUGUUGUGUAUUCCCACAUUUGGAAGUUAUUUUAGCAAUUUGAAUGUAGAUUUUCAACUUGUUAGUGUAAGAUGGUGUAGAAUGAGAAUUUCAUUUUAUUUAGUGACAUUUCGUUGGUGCCAUUAGAGCAAGUUAUAUAUUCCUGAUAGCAAAAACUGCUUACACAUGAUUAGGAAAAAUCGUAUGAGCUUGUUGGUGUAGUGAUAAUAUUACAUUACCAUACCAUGCGCCGUAAUAUUCAUGAGACAUACGAGAGCCACUGUAAAGUCCACUUUACAGUUUAAGCAAGUUAACUUUCAGACGUUCAAUGCAUAAAAGUAUUUAUAUACCUGGAAAUGUGAAGUGGUACCUUCGUUCUAAGCGACGUAAACUAGGUAUAUAGAAUACUAUUAUAUCACUCAGUGAAAUUUUUUUACCCUAGAAAUACAUACCAUUCGUAUUCCAAUGCACACAGGCGGUGUGCGAUAAAGAAAAACUUGUCGCAUACGUUGUGAUUGUUGUUUAGAGUAUAAGGAAAAUGUCGUAAUGAUAUACUACAAUUUGUAAGCUAAAUUAUGUUCCCACGCGCCAUAUUUUAUACAUGAUGAUGUGCACUAAACUCGUAUACGUGCACAUCUCGUGGAAGCAAACGAAUGAAAUGCGAUACCACCUUCAAGGUGGAAUUGCACUCACUUCGUUUAAUAGAAAAAUGGAACAAGAUUCGAUUUUGCCUAUAUUUAGGUGACAGUCUUACCUAAUAAUAGUAAUUGAUGCAAUCACUAUUGCAAUGUGCCGUAUAAAACAUUUCAUGCUAUUUCGAGGAAAAUCACUUUUUCAUGCAUAAUUUCAAUGGAAUAUUGACGUACUGUUUAUCAAUAGUGACACAAAGUUAUAUUUAUAUUAUUUUGGUACUAAUGAUAAAAUGUGCAACAUUGAAAUAGUACAUGAAAUGUGGACAAAAAAUCAUUUUCAUUCGCUGGCAUUUGGUGAACUCAAGCUUGUGAAAGAACCUUGGGUGAACUGUCAUUUAAAGGAAUGAACUAUUUUCUAAACAGAGUGAGAGCGAUUCCAGCUCAAUUUCUUUCACGUUCGUAGUGCACUCCAACGACUGGAAAAAAGUUAAUUUUUACCAGAAAAUUUCGUUUGCAUUUAUUCAAAAAGCAAUUAUGUAAAGCAGACGUCUGUUCCGGUCAGAUCAAGCGUCACCCUGUCUGUUUCGAAAAAAAAACCCUCCCGCCUGAAUCGUUCAAUGCAUACGUCAUUUAUGAACAGUCGUCAGAGAUUAAAGUGGCUAAUCACGAAUGGUCGAACAAACAUUUAACACUCCGAACAAAAAAGAAAAUUGCAUUGCACCUAUUCUUUAAUCAUUGACCUUCAACUCUUUCAAAAUCCCGAAUAACUACAUUACGAUUUUCAAAAAAUCACACUCGUAUUUUAACAACAUUUAUUAUCUAUGUACCAUUCUACAUUAAUUACAUACAACCUAUGUAACUGUAAUGUAAAAAAAUAAAAA